AUGGACAAAGAACGUAAAAGUGUUAGUUUUGGAGUUCGUUUCCUUAUCAACUUCAUUCGAUAUCUGGCUAGACAAUUAAAAAAGGAAUGUUUUACUCCAUUACUCUUUAUUUUAUUACUCAUUAUAAACGCCGGUUUUUAUGAAUAUGCUGCUUAUCAAAUUGGGCUGAUUGCAUCAAAUUUCUUUGCCGCAUUAACUACUAAACAUUAUGACCGAUUUAUAUGGACUUUAAAAUUGUCAAUUAUGUACAUAUUUAGUGGUUCUUUAGCAUUAGGUGUACAAAAUAUGGUCAUGGGACAUUUAUCACUUAUCCUUCGUGAAGUUUUAACAAAAUCUUUACAAAAUGUUUAUUUCAAACGGAGAAAUUUCUAUGUUCUAAAUACACUAAUCGAUAUAGACAAUCCUGAUCAACGAAUUACUCAAGAUAUUAAUGUAGUCUGUGAUCUACUCACUAAAGUGAUUGUGUCGGUGGCUUUAAAUCCCCUAUUGAUUAUAUUCUACACGUAUAUGUGUGUAAACAAAGCUGGUUGGUUAGGUCCAAUCUCAGCGUAUAUCCUAUUCGCUAUAUUUGCUUUGAUUACUCGAUUUUUCGCCUCAUGGAGUUCAUCAGCAUCAUAUGAACAUCAAAAACAAGAAGGGAAUUUCAGAUUUAUUCACACUAAACUACGAUGUUCAGUUGAAAGUGCAGCAUUUCUUAAUUUUGGUGAAUCGCUUAAUGUCAUUUCAUCGAAUUCAUUCAAUCAAUUAUUUCAUGCUAUACGAGUUUUUAUUAAUCGAAAUUCUGUUGUAUUCUAUUUAACUCAACUUAAUGCUUACUGUGGCGGUGUAUUAAACUAUGUGGUACUUGGCAUUGUAUUGUUCAAUGGUCCAAUUCGAGAAAUGUCAGCUUCUGAAAUUACUGUUUUAAUCAGUCAGACAAGUUUCUUCCUACUUUAUCUUAUUAAUAAACUGACAAAAUUAAUCGACUUGUCGAGUGAUAUUUCCCAGCUUGUUGGUGUUGGACACAGAAUUUUAAAUUUUGACACAUACUUACAAGAUAUCAAUUUGUAUCAUACACCAGCGGAAUAUCUUGCCUCUAGUCGCAGUCAUUGGUUAUUUGUCAAAUCAAAAACAUUCAGUCCUGUACAUGAUGUAAUCGGUGGAUAUGGUGAUGAGUCAUUUCAAAGUGAUGUUGUUUUUCAAAUUGAUCAUUUGUCAGUAUGUGUACCAUCAAACCCAAACAACAUUUUAAUCCAUGAUUUGAGUUUAACGCUUAGAAGAAAUGAACCGUUACUCAUUAAAGGUCCAAGUGGUGUCGGUAAAACAGCAUUAUUUCGUGUAUUAGCCGGUCUAUGGCCUGGUCUAAUUACCACACAGCAAUCUAAUCAUAAUCAUGAGAAAAAUAAUGAUGGCGACGAUGAUGAUAAUAAUAAUAAUAAUACCAUCAUUAAUUCAUGUAAUUUCUUUUAUUCAAGUGAUUUACGUAUUAUUUUUAUACCUCAAGAAUUUUAUAUCCCAUGGACUACAAUCCCAUUGAGUGAUUUUCAUCGAUUACUUACUGUGUUAACACCGUUUAUUGAAUUACAUUCAUGUGAAGUGCAAUCAGUCUAUAGAGAAUUACAUUUAUGCUAUUUAUUGCUGAAUACAGCGAAUGCUUUAAACAGUGAACCGUCAAAUUGGGAUAUUUCGAGGAAAAUAUCGAUCAAUGUUCAUGAACAGAACACCAGCUCUAAUUCACCACAAAAAUCAAUGAACACUAAAUGUUUACUAAACAAUUAUAAUCUAGAAUCUUUUGAAAAGGCGUUGGAUCUUCUUGUGGAAUUUCGUCUCAUCAAAGCAGAACAAUGCAGUCUAUUGAAAACAAUUUUAAAGUCAUACUAUCAAGAUGAUAAUUAUUGUCAAGAUAUUGUUAAAAUAUACAAUCGCAGUUGUCUGCCUUCUUUGUUAACUGAGAUUUGUUAUUCUGGUUGUCGGGUUAUACCGCCGGAUAGAAAAGACUAUGGAUUUGAUCAACACAUCAAUUAUUCACCUGGAGAAAUGCAACGUUUAACAAUAGCAGCCGUAUGCUUUUACCAACCUGAUGUUGUAUUCAUGGAUGAAUCAACUAGUCAGUUAAGCGCUAAUGAUGAAUUUCAAGCCUAUACAAGUCUAUCAAGACGGCAAAUUACACCAUUUUCAAUUGGACAUCACAGUUCUGUUCGACAGUAUCAUGUAAUGGAAUUACAGCUAACACCUGUUGAUGAUUAUUCACUGAUCAGUGAGACUACAACUCUACCGAAAGGCUGGAAAUUAGUUAGAAUUGAAUAAAUAAAAAGAUAAAUAAAUAAGGAAGUAGUAUGGGUGUAUGUAUGCGGUUCGAAUCCUUUUUUUUGUAUAAAACAUUGUAAAUUGAUGUCACUGCGUAUGCUUUCCUUUUUUAAACGGAUUUCAUUAUCGCUUUCAGAAUACUUAGAUAACUUUUGAAUAUAUUUCCAUACAGAAUUUAGUUAUUUUUUGUCUGUCUGUACAAUUUCUUGUUGUCGUUGUUUGUUGUUUUCAUUAUGCUUCUAAUUUCGAAUCAAAUGAUUGACGCAAAAGUGGUUCGUAUAAUUUCUUCC